AGUCCCCACCAAUUGUCCUCACUCUGCUUUUUAAGAGCGGGGGGCUUCUUCUUUGUGGCUUUUCAAAAGCUCACAUGAGGGUCGGAGCGUUCGCCUCCUCUUCUUCUCUUCUCUCUCUCUUUCUCUCUCUCUCUCUUUUUUUGGCAUCAAAUUAGAGGUAUAAAGUGGUUUUGUUCUCCGCGGGGGUGGACCUUUAUUUUUGCAGACGUGCUAGCAAGCAGAUGUUUGAAGGUUUAUUUUUCCUGCAGGAGUCUAAUUAGGGGCAAAUUUGGGAGAGGAUGAAAUUGCUCUUUAGUUGUAUGUUUACCCGCGUGAGCGGCAGCGUCACCUCCAUUGGCCCGCACAGUCACAUGGUCCGCUAACUUUAUUCAGUUGACACCAAAGUAGGAGGGCUUUAUGGAGGGAGGAAAAAAGACAACUGGAGAAAAAUUAGUAUUUUCUACCUUCACAAAUUAAUGGCCAUGACUUCGUAUAUGGUGAACUCCAAGUAUGUGGAUCCCAAAUUCCCUCCCUGCGAGGAAUAUUCGCAGAACAACUACAUACCCGAGCAGGGCUCGGACUACUUCAACCCCUCGCAGGACACUGACUUUCAGCACCCGGCGAUCUACCCACGCGCCAACUACACCGAGCAAGCGUUUGGCUGCAACUCAGUGCAGGAGUCUGCGGUGCAGCCGCGGGGUCACGUCCGCGACGCGGCCGGCCAGUCCAGUCCCUACGGCUCGCAGACCGAGCCGGGCGAGCCGGUCCGUGUGGCCGCAGCCAGGAACACGAAGAGCCCGAACGGGAUCCAAGGAAAGCAGCCCGCCGUAGUUUACCCCUGGAUGAAGAAAGUGCACGUCACCACGGUGAACCCGGAUUACACAGGUUCCGAGCCCAAGCGCUCGAGAACCGCUUACACGCGGCAGCAAGUGCUGGAGCUGGAGAAGGAGUUCCACUUUAACCGCUACCUGACCAGAAGGCGCCGCAUCGAGAUCGCACACACGCUUUGCCUGUCUGAGAGGCAGAUUAAGAUCUGGUUCCAGAACAGGAGGAUGAAAUGGAAGAAGGACCACAAACUGCCCAACACCAAAGGCAGGUCGGUGCCGACCCCCGGCCACCUGCAAAGCCUCCACAAGGACAACCACACUGACAUCACCUCCUUAUAAGCAAAGAAGAAAGUCACUUGCAUCGGACGUUUUUUUGCAUGGACUGAACUUAUUUUAUUUUAUUUUAUUUUAUUUUUUUUACCAUUUUUUAUUUAAUAAUAAUAAUAAUAAGGAAUCGGUAUUGAGCUGAGCCUAAGAUAUACAAAUAUAUCAGUAUUUUACCGCAGAGGUCCGACACACACGCUGUCUGCAAACAGGCACCACAAAUUCAACCAAAUAUUUUUUUAUUCUUCUUUUUUUAAUUUUCAUUUCUUUAUUAUUAAUGGCUUAGGGAGGGGCUCCGUGAGGACAUCCACUUUUUGUGGACUUAACAGUGUCUGCUAUCGUGGAUUCACGCUGUCGUCUCGGCUUAAGUAGCUUUAUUCAGCACAUGCAGGCCAUUCGUUCAAAUUACAACAUCCAAAAUCAAAACAGCUCCUAUCCCAAUAACGCACAAUUCACUUGAAGGAAAAUUGCAAGCAAGAAAGCAACUCUUCUUUUAUGUACAUAUAUUUAGUUCUUACUUCGUUACGUUUGUUUUAACUUAUUUUGUACUAUAAAAACAUUUUUCCUUCGAAAUAUUUCCCACCAACAAUUCCUUACACGAAUAGCCACGCUUCUUCUUUGUUGACUAUUUUCGCUUCUCUGUCAUACAAUUUCUUUGUACUCUUCCCGCAUGGUGUCUAAUUCGUUUGAAACACAUUUAGGAGAAUGUUCGAUUUUAUUUAUUUGUUUAAAAAGUGUACAUUUUCGUAUACCGAUAACAUCACGUCGCAUCAUGAAAUGAACGCCAUUACAUCGGUAAAUCUUUUCGUGCAUGGCUUUAUGUCAAGUUUCGUCUUAGUUUAACGUGGAGAAUGAAUUUUUGUCUUCUUUAGUUACACAAAAAGUGAGGGUUUUAACAGCAGUGGGGUGUCGUGACAAUUUUUUUUUUUUUUUUAAAGGACAAAAACGACUUUCUUUACAUUUUCUUUUUCCCCCUUUUUUUGAGUUUAUUUGUUUGGAACCGUCAUUGUCUGGAGACAAGUGAAGGCCCCAAAGCUCUCCCAGCCCAUGUACAGCUCUUGUUCAGUGGGCGAAGGUUGGCGGCAGGUUCAACCAGGGGACAAGUUGCCGCCGCAAGGGACGACCCCGACACCCCCUGACCCGGCCGGACGGGCUGCAUUUUCUCCCUUUUCGCCCUCACAAACAACUAUUUGAAGCAUUCAAAGCAAGUCGGAGCCUGACUUCGACCACCGACGUCUUUCUAUCCCAAGAAGGCACUGUGUGUGAUAUAUAUAUAUGCUGCACCGAUACAGGCGUCAUUCUCAAUCCUGUACGCAAUGUCUUUUACCCGGUUUAUUUUUGUACCUGCUUUCUACCUUGUAUUUGUGCAUCGGGAUGUGAGAAGUAUAUUGGACACAAAUAAAGAUUUCUACUGAUUAUGCAUUGAAAUGAUAGCGGGAAGGGAAACGAGUCUUAUUUUAAUAAUUUAAACCAUCCUACAAGAAAAUGAUAAAUAAUGCAAUGAAAUUGACUUUUUAAAAAUUGAUAUAAGCGUCACUUAAAAAUAAUAUUUGUAAUUUAUUUUUGUUUUAUUUUGACGCCUAGGUGCCACAUGCGGGCGCUUUUGGAAAACAUUCCACAAAUGUGCGCCUUUUGGCUGCUCUCCUUUCAACCCUUUAGUCUCAACAUGGACUAAAAUCAUAAAAAGCAAGCGAGUUAAUCUAUUCUGAAUAUGAUACAUUUAGAGAAGAUACGAUAUAGCCCGAUCUAUUCUUGCAAUCUUACAGAGAGAGGACCCCUUUUAUCUCUUCUGCCCGAAGCUUUAACUUCCCUGCCGAUCCUGUCUUAUUUUAUUCUUUUCUUCCUAAUUUUAAUUCUGUCCUUGCUUAUUUUAUGGUCCCUUCCAAAACAUUGAACCCGUCUUGUAAAAUAGUGAGCCCCCCCCCCAGAAAAACUUUUUUUUCUUUACCCAUAAAAAGCGUUUGGUUUGAAGCGAAAAUGUAGAUUAUAUAUUUUUUUUGGUUAGAAGGGAGUGAAGGUUGCUUCCUGUCAAAGUGAUCUUGCAACCUCUAGUUUAAUAUUAAACUCAUGCGCUUUAUCUGAACGACAGUUAUUUUCA